GCCGAUGAAGGUACCAAGUUGACGACGUGGGUGCCUCCAACUGCAAAAUAUAAGUCAUUGAAAACAUUGGUACCGCAGAAUCUUCUUAAUUGUAUGUCAAGUCCUUUGGUAUUUCAGUUAUAAUUAUGAGGCAUUUUAUGUGGAUUUUCAUUGCGUUACUGACAAGCACACUUGCCGAGGAAUACAUCAUUGAACGUCAAGUCCAUCUUAUUCAAGGCUCAUGGRUAGAUCAGCCAGACACCUUUAUGUUACCAUCAUCGAUGUGUUCGGGUGAUGUCUCAGCAAACUGUACAGCUAUGGGUGGUACGAGGAUAAAUAACACAUGUGGAUGCUCGUGUAACGAAGAAAGCAAAUUUAAGGAGUUUUAUAAAAGUACCUUUGGAUACUAUGAAAAUCAGUGGAAAUGUUUCGAGAACACCAAAGUACGGUCACAUUCAGGUUGCCAAACCAUUAUGAAUGAAAGACAAGCCACCAUACCGCUCAUGACACUACCUAUGGUUCAACCAACAGUCGGCCACAAUAUACCAGGCCUGACUUCCCAGUGUGGCAUUAUUGGAGGAAAAUAUUUGGAAUGUGAUGGAAAAUGGCAUCAGCUUAAUACCACUCUUAUCAAAAGCAGGUUCUACAUUGAUGAGCACAAGUACUUUUAUUAUUCGAUAUCUGAACCGCCUACUCCAACAAUCAACGGCAGAGUCAUUAGACUUGAGAUAUGGUGUACGCAGCCCAAGAAAAUGCACUGUGUGGUAUUCAAAGUGAAAGGACAGCUUAAAUGUCAUGUUAUAAAACCAACCUCUCCAUCAUCCAGUAUUUGGACAACCACCAACAAGAGCAUCCAAAUGACAGAUCAGUUUAAUAAAACUGGUGAGAGAACUGGUAGCCAUGACGACAACAGUACUAUGAUYGCAGGCGCAAUUGCUGGUGUCAUUGGAUUCGUAAUAAUCGUGAUUGCUGUCGUAGUUGUGAUAAGGAGACGAAGCAAAAGAUACCAUGUACCUAAGAGACCAAACUUUGUCGAAAAUGAUUGCUACGGACUUGGCGUUGAUGUGUCUUUGAGAUUCGUUGUCGCUGGUGAGCGGUCACAAAAUGAAAAGGAGCAUGAUUCCUUUGCAACAAAUCUUAAUAGAGAAAUUCCACGUGCUGUGUCCCAGCGUCUUUACAACAUCGAGGACAGAGAGUAUGCAGUACCUUAUAAGACAGGAACCAAACCGCAAGCUAGUUCAGAUGUUCCUAUCUGUGACGCCCUUAAAAGACCAAAGUAUCCAAAGACUGAAAAUAGCAAGAAUGAAACCCAAUCRGUUCCGUUUUAUAAGCCAUUUGUAYUUGAGRAACGACACGCGGCGGUUGAAGAUAAUGAGUUUCAAGAACUUCCUGAAUAUCGAGUUCUCGAGGGACCAUUUUCUGAAGGUGCUUCGGUGCACGCUUUUUCCGAGGGACGCGUAUGAAUAAGGUUUCGCCGCGGGCAUUUGGUCUGCACACUCCAGUUUAUGAAGGCUUUCUUAUGAAAUAUUUGAUAAAACUAUUUUUUAUUCUGCGUGAAAGCAAAUUAUCCGUAAUCACUUGUAAUUAUCAAUAAUAUUAGGAGUACUAGCCGCUAAUCCUUAAUCUUUAGUCAACGUUCUGCAGGACUCAUGCAUUCAGACUGUAAUUACUUAUUUCCRGAAAUGGAGUAGAAACAUAUUUUGUAAA